AUGAAUAUAAUUUCAAAUUGUUAUCGCUAUUGUCAGAUUCUACUUGCUUUUGCAAUUUUCUUACAGAUAUCAUCUCAGCUUGAAGCCUCUCGGUCAAAGGUGGAACUGCUUCCUGGCUUUCAAGGACCUCUUCCCUUUGAACUCGAAACUGGGUAUGUGGGAUUAGGGGAAAGAGAUGAUGACAUGCAAGUGUUCUACUACUUUAUUAAGUCAGAGAACAACCCUGAGAAAGACCCUCUUAUGCUUUGGCUAACUGGUGGCCAUGGCUGCUCUUCAUUUUCGGCUCUUGCCUUUCAAAUAGGUCCACUUGCUUUUAAAACUGAGGAGUACAAUGGGAGCCUUCCUAAUUUGGUCUUGAGGCCACAAUCCUGGACAAAGGUAUGUAGCAUUAUAUUUGUAGAUUUGCCACUUGGAACUGGUUUCUCAUAUGCAAAAAAUCUCACUGCUCAACGAAGUGACUGGAAAUUAGUUCACCAUGCCCAUCAUUUUCUUAGAAAGUGGCUGAUUGAUCACUCGGAAUUUCUUUCAAAUAAAUUCUACGUUGGAGCUGAUUCAUACUCUGGCAUUCCUGCCCCCGCUAUUGUUCAAGAAAUUUCAAAUGCAAAUGAAAAAGGUCUCCAACCAUGGAUAAAUCUCCAGGGAUAUCUACUAGGGAACCCCGUAACAACUAAAAGAGAGAAAAAUUAUCAAAUCCCAUUUGCUCAUGGAAUGGGACUUAUUUCUGAUGAACUCUAUGAGACACUACAGAGAAAUUGUAAAGGAGAAUAUGAAGAUAUAGAUUCCGAAUUGUGUUUAAUAGAUUACCGCUCUUAUGAGGAGUGUCUUUCAGGAAUUAAUAUGUUUAACAUUUUGGAUAGCUAUUGCAUAGAUGAUGAUGCACUUAAGCAACAUGAAGAAGCUGUGUGCAGGAGAUCUCUGACUCAGAAGUUGAAAGCCUCUCUUAGUCCUCAUCUCACUGUGCCAGAAUUAAGCUGCCAAAUUUAUAGUUUUUUCCUUGCCACUCAAUGGGCCAAUGAUGAAAGUGUUCGCAGGUCACUGCAUAUUCGAGAGGGAACUAUAGGGAAAUGGCAACGUUGUUACACUACUGAUUUUAAGGAAGAAAUUUCUAGUAGCUUUGAGUUUCAUGUAAAUCUCAGUGCAAAAGGGUACCGUUCCUUAAUAUACAGUGGGGACCAUGAUGCAGUUGUUCCUUUCAUGGCAACCCAAGCGUGGAUAAGGGAUCUGAACUACUCCAUUGUGGAUGAUUGGAGGCCAUGGCUUGUUAAUGGCCAAGUUGCAGGAUACACAAGGACUUACUCGAAUCAAAUGACAUUUGCAACUGUAAAGGGUUCGGGACAUACAGCUUCUGAGUACAAGCCUGAUGAAGGUUUUGCCAUGUUCACUCGGUGGAUAUCUAAUGUGACUUUGUAACUCAGCAGCUAAAAUGGAAGAAACCUGGUUAUCCAUAAGAUGCUCACUUGUGUGUGUAUAUAUAUAUAUAUAUAUAUAUAUAUAUAUAUAUAUAUAUUUUGAACUAUCAAUGUUUGAACAUUCUGUGUACUUAUGUGCAAUAAAAUGGUAAACAAUCAU